CAGGCCUCGAACGCUCUCCAGGAGUUGGCAACUAUUGCCACCAAUUACGACGUAGACGGUAUCAAUGUUCAUUUCAUAAACGAUAUGGAUUCGGGUAUAGGUCUCAAGUCUUCCGCACAGGUGGCACAGCUAUUUUCGAGAGUCAAGCCGCGAGGUGGAACAAAUUUAGGACGCAAAUUGGAGCUUCUGACUUCCAUAUACAUGGAGAAGAUAGAACGGGCUAACAAGGAGGGUGGCAUGAUGCAAGUGAUGCAAACGUGCAAGCCUGUGAACUACGUGAUAAUCACAGAUGGCCAGCCAACUGACGACGUCGAAGGGCCAAUCACGGCACUUGCGAAACGACUUGAUGAGGGGCGGUUUUCGCUCACACAGAUCGGUCUUCAGUUCCUCCAGAUAGGUUCCGAACCAUCUGCCACAGAUUUUUUGCAAAAGCUUGACGAUAACUUGCACAAGACUCAUAAAGUGCGGGAUAUUGUUGACUGCACUCCAUACAUAGGAGGCCCUAUAACAGCCGAUAUGAUUACCAAAAUUCUACUUGGCGGCAUUAACAGACGAGUGGAUAUGCAAGAUACUCGCGGCUUGGUGUGA